CAGUGCAACUUACGACCCAUCGAACUGCUGUUUUGCUGUCCAAGAUACAGUGACUGAAAUGUAUUGGCCACACUAUACCAGCAUCACGACUGUUCAAUACAUGACGAUGGUUUUCAUUACCACAUAUCUUACAAUCUCUCGGAAAACAACUCAUUCCAGUAUCACUAGUACUACGACUCUCUUAAGUUCAACAAUUGUCGAGGACCGGGAUGUCGGUAUCGAUGCCGUCAGGCUAUAUGACAAUGCAGGAUCAGCUCCAGCGCAGCUUUUCGCUGAGAUGCUAGAUGGGACCAGUACAGAAACGCAGGGUGUGACAAUGUGAGAAAUCACACCGGAUUUUAGGAGAGAGAAUCUAAAAGAAGACAGAACAUCCCCAGUGGCGUUUUAUAUAUACCCAACGAUUAAGCUAAU